ACCUUAUUCAUUUUAAAUAUACGGCAUGUAUUAUAGGUCUGUUCAUAUCUGUUUUGUUAAUCGAAACAGUUACUGAUCGGCGAUUAGUAUUGCUACUACAUCUGUUACAAACAGUACAAAAUUUAUGCAUAAAUAAGCUGCAAGAAAAUACCUACAAUAAGUAUAAUAUACAAUACCCACAUAAUCAUAAAAACUUGUAUGACUAUUUUUAAAACCUAUCUUCAAUCUCCAUCUCUGAUUGUUUUGAAUUAGAAGUCACGAAAUUUUGUAGGUACCUAUAAAAUUUGUUGCCUGCAUAUUAGGAAAGGUACCCAAAGGUGAGGAAGUUCCUUUAAGUUCUCAGAGCAGUGGUUAUUGUCAGUGGUGUCGUGUAUAUGAUAUUACUUUUUGGUGACCUAUGUGAAUGGACUGAAGUAGUGCAGCGUGCAUAUGGGGCAAUGCGUGUCCCGGAAUCAUCCGGGCCCGUAUACCUUUUCUCGUCAUUACGACGCGGAGAGCACUGCAAGCAGUAUCAGUGGUUUCGCAAGGAAGGGUCACUCUGAAUCGAAGGGUGCUAAGAAAAGAGACAAGAGUGUCGGCAACGGGAACGGCAAGCCAAGCCGUGGAGUAGCAACUUCCUUCGGCUUCAGACGUCGACCUGCCAGCACCUCAAGGGCAGACGACAACGCCAGGAGGAAGCAAAAGGCACAAGAUAAAAAUGGAAAUGGUGGUUCUACAGAAGACCUGCGGGCGGAGGAGGUGUUGUCUGGCCGGUCGACACCCCUCGCGCGUCCCCGCAAGGAGACUGCUGGGCAGCCAUUACGAACAAACAGGUUCGGUUUCAGGCAACCGCACACCAAGACGGCGAAGGUGGGUGACGUGAGUGUCGCCGCUGAACAUGCGUUCGGCCUCACCAGUAAGGAUAAGGAAACGGCCAUCAACAACAAUGCAUUAGAUAAGAAAAAUACUAGUACAAAUUAUGUUAAUCAAGUGCCACUUGUCGCGACACAAGUGUCGUCGACUGGUUCGACCACCAUCGUAGGGGCAACUGGCGUGCCCAAGACGGUCACCAAGCAAACUGUAAUACUAACUUAUCAACCACAACAGUACGCUGUGCAGGAGGGUCGGGCGAAGUCAACUCGGCCUGGAGACCAAGGGACGACCCGUGGCGUAUCUGCAUCACGAAGUCAAGUCAUGUCAGAUAUUCAGAAGCCGCCUGGGAAGUACACCUUCCAAACCAACCAAUUACCGAAGCCACAGUAUCCAUCAAUUAAGAAUGUUGACACGAAAUCUGCUAAACAGGUGGUUAACAACACAAGAAAGGCGAGUUCUACAGAAGGAUGGAGGGAAGGUGCAGGUUCGGCCGUAUCGACUGACUCUGGUGUGUGGACUGGUGGAGAAAAUGGAGCCGGUGGGGAAGGUUCUCCACACUCACGACACCGCCCCCGGAACCUUGAGAUGGUGAUGCGAGGGUCCCACAGCUUCCAUCUACGUGAACUGCAAGUCACUGAUCUUGAUAUUAUGGACGAUGCGGUAGUAACGGGCCAUGCAGUAAUACCCUUACCAAAGCUUCCAAGUUCAUUUGAUGAUGAACUCACGCCGGAGUAUGAGACAUCCCCCACGCCAACUUACAAGCCUCCAUCACCUAUCCUUCCUAAAUCGAGUGCAGUAGCUGACUCCUCGCAGAGGAAUAACUCGCCGAUGUCAACUCUGGAACGGUAUAGGACUAGAUCCAGGCCCACUAGAAUUUUAAGCAAUCUGGAAUAUAAGGACGAAGAGAAGUUUGUUCUGGACAGGGCACAACCUGAAAAGUUGAAUAAACAGAAUUCGUUCGUAAAAUCUUUGAGUGGUGUGGGCUCACCGACUACUGUGAGUUCUAGCAAGGAAUCAAGUCCAUCGUGUAAGAGUGAGGAAAGCCAUUUUGGAAGCAGCAGCGCUUGGCAGAGCCACGCCGCAGGAGAGGCAAUGGCUACUAGAUCCCAAGACGAUGUGUCCAUUGCAUUAAGCGUAUCUAGUUGUGAGGACGAAAAGUCUAAAUUUGAUAUGAAGGAGAAUCAAAAAGCUGAAAUGGAGAUACCUAAGAAGACAAUCGUUAUAAUGGACGAGCCACCAGUGCCCCAUCCACUUCUAAUGAAGUCAAUAACUCUCAGCCAGCACGAAUCACUACGAGCCACAAUGAUGGGAUCAAUGACAAGUUCAAAUUAUAGCACGACCAGCACAUGCACAAAUCAAAGUGCUGACCAUCCCAACUUGACUCUAACACUCGAAGAUUCCAAAUUUGACAUGUCUGCACUAGAAACUUCCACGCAAAGUCUAAUUGAUGAUGAAACAUCGCCUGCUGAUAGCCUUAUAUCCUCCACCAGUACUAGUGAUUCAAAUAAUGAUUUACAAAUCGAUAGAGAUGCUCCAUCCAUUUCAUCGGCUUAUCAGACAGCAAACACGAAGACCAAGUCUCCAGAACCUGCUGAUGAGCUAGAAGACGAUGUGGAUGGUGAUAUGAUGGGUCAGGCGAAUGGAAUAAAUGAGGUGAUACGCCGCAGUGUGGAAGGUAGUAAAAACGCAACACCCGAGUCCCCAGGAACACCUACACAUGCUUCGGGUUCACUUUCAUUGUCAGAUGGCCGGGACUUCUUUGAUGACGAGAUAGCAGAUCAACCAGCACUGCUUUUUCGAAAAAACACGGACGGUAGCCCAUCCAGUAAAAUAGUUGAUUCUGAAGCGAGCAGACAAUUAAGGAGGUCAAGGGAGCGAAUUACAUCAAGCCCGCUUGUACAGAGAAACCGAAAAUUGUGCGGGGUACGUAACGGAGGUACUGAACGCACCCCCUCAUUGGACACGCUGUCGAGCCUCGCGUCUGAUGACCUCAUGAUGGACAAUGACCUAGCGCAAUCUAUCACCAGCCUACAGAGUGUUGAUGACUACAUUGAAAGAUUGGACAGCUCCCUACGUAGUGGGCUCAACUCGCUGGACGAACGGCAGCUACGACAGGAGCUUUCCUCUUCCAAGACAGCUAUACGCCAAUGGAGUCAACUGCUAGAACAAAAUAACAUGCUCGACCGACAGCUAGCGGCAAUGGCGCAAGGAAAAAGUGCUCCAGUUUCGCUUACUGCCAGCACUACUAGUCUAUCCAACAUUGGAGCCAGUCUGCCAGUACGCACGGCGCGGCUACUGCAACGCUCGCGCACGCAGACGCCGUCGGAGGGCGGCACUAGCGAUGGCAGCGUGUCACCCGCGCCUGCCACCCUGCUUCAAGAUGUGGUUGACAUCAAAACACUGCUUUUACAGCUUAAGCGGGUUUUACAGGAGCCCGGGGACGAGCAUCAUUCGAUGAGUAGUGAGACUCUCGACCCGUUGCUAGCGGCGUGCGCGGAGAGUCCCGCGCGCGUCAACGGGCGCCGCCCCCCUUCGUACCUCCCGCAGCACCCCAACGCGAACGCCUCCCACGCCACAAAUCGUGGCGCGGACCCCUUGCCUCCCGACGCCUGCGCAGAAAUGCGCCGCCAGAUAUUAUACCUGCAGAGUCAACUAGAAGAACGAGAUCGUCUGGUGCGCGUGUUGCAGCAACAGAUGCUGCGUAUGUCUGAGAAUCACGAGCCUCGUGGCGACGACACCUGCAACGUCGCUACACAGACCGAUCGGUUGCGGCCGCCGAUGAGCACGGGAUUAACGAACUCUGAAAAUUCAGGAUUAGUGAGUUGGAAUGAGCAAUCUAGCACGAGGAAGCUGCCGUCAUACAGUGAAGCACAAAAGACUAAGAGGCCUGUCACCAAUGGGACCGUAAAACAAUGCCAGUGUGGCGCGAGGAAGGUGAACGGAGUGUCAAACGGAACUGAGCAAACGGGCGGCCAGUUACGUGGAGGUCGCGUCGGCUCUCAGUAUCUGCAGGCCGUAGCUCGCGCGAGACGAGAUGGAUCUGUAGAUCGUCCAGCUCCCAGCCUCAGUCUCGCCCGUGCUCAUGCUGGUAGAUCACGCUCCAUCGAGAAUUUCUCCAACUCCUGCCAGCUCUAUCCAUCCGAGCAGGCCCUUACCGCACACGUUAUAGACGAACACUUGCCCAUCAAGCACCACACGUCGUACGGCGAUCUAUACAACGGCAGGAUCAGCAGUAGAGAAAGCGUGAAUGGAAACAGACACAGUCCGAGCCUGAAUGGCCAGUCGACGGACACGGACUACAGUUCCGACGGGGGCUAUAAGUCGCUACCGUCAUCCAUCAAUUGCCAAUCGCCGAAGAAAGUGAGCGGCAUCCCGCGGAGAUCGUUUGACCAAAGGUUUUCCACCAAACACGUCAAAGCUAGCGCUGUAUAGUGCGGCGGCUACUACGUUAAUGACUCUCUCGAGUGAAUAUCGGUAUUAUUUGAUAUAUUCAGAUGAUGGCGUGGGUCGCGAUUGUGAUAUUGCUAGAUUGUAGAGCAAACUUUAGGCAGUCGAUAUUUUUACUAUUUGUUGAGUGUCUAAGGUUUGUUUGAGCGGCGUGACUGUUCGUAGUGUUGUGCCAUCAGACUGGUGUCACAAUACAAAACGGAACGCUAGUGCAACGCUUGUUCGCAUUUAAUUUCGACUCAUUACGAGGCUAAUGGUUAUUUAAGCUACGUUUAGUUGUCGGAUGCCAAAUUAUAAUCGGUGUAAUCUACCCAGUCCAGUGGUUAAUGUUACGAGUUAACGUAUUAUUAGCUGCUUAAUUUCGUCGUUUGACAUGAAAUGUUACUUGUUCGUUUCGUAAUCAAUUGCUUAUUGCAUUUUUUAAUAAAUUAUUUAAAAUAUACCUUGACCUCCCUGUAUAGUACCGAUAGUGGAUUCACCUGAACAAUAAAUAAUUUUGUAGACUUAAUUAACAAAUUUGUAUACAGGCGGUAAAGUUGUCUUAGAUUUUCUAUGGUAGACAAACUAGUAGUUAAAGCUGUAAUAUGUGAUAAGAGUGGCUGUAAGAAGUUGUAUUUAAUUUUUACACUAUAUCUUCCCUGUUAACCAUUUAAGUAUAUAUAACCCACAUACAUAUAGUACCCACUAUAUAUCGUAUCAUUAAGUGCUCCCGAGAAGGUGAAAUGGUUAGAAUCAAAUCC